UUAUUUUGUAGCGCUGCGUGCUGGUCGUGCAUAUAACGCGUUUUUCAUUUGUCACGCAUUUCAAUACAUUUGUUGUUAACACAUUUCUCGUUACGUUACGGUUCGUCUUUAGCUGUUUGUUUUUUUAUGUUCUGCUGUUUUUUUUAUACUUCUUGUUCAACUUGCGUUUUGUUGCUGCGCGCGCGCAGCUAACCAAAAGAAAAGCAGUAAUACAACUGCAACUGUUAAACAAUAACAAUUCAAAGCAUAACAAAGAACAACAACAUAUAAAUCAUAAUCGACAGAAUGCAGCAAAAAGCCGAUGAGAAAAUGGAUCCAUUGAUGCGCAUACAGGAGGAGAUCAAGGAGGUGCAGCGCCGCGAGGAGGAAUACCGUCGGCUGGCAAAUGCCGCAGCACUGGCUGCGGGUUCCCCGACAAAGACGGAGGAAGCCGAAUGGCAGCUAAACGGGCAUACUGAGGGUGACAAGGAGCAACAGCUGGAGGCAGAGCAGGAGCGACAACACGAUCAGGAUCAAGAGCAGGAUCAGGACCAUGACCAGGAACGGGAUCAGGGCGUUCUCGUAACUGCACAACCGGCAGCUGUUACCAGUGCUCUCCUUCUGCCCAUCGAGGAGCAAUCGCCAUCGAAUACUCCUUCGCUGGCUUCCAGUGUGAACAGUAAUAGCCACAAGGAGGAGAGUCUCGAUGAGCAGCACUCGGAUGACUCGGGGAUUUCCGCAUCCUCACAGAAAAUCAACAACAUCAACAACAACAACAGCAGCAUUAACAGCAAAGUUGAUAGCAAAGGCACCUUGAAGUUGACGCUGGUGGGCAGACAGGAGUCUCGUUAUAUAGGACCAAAUUGUUAUAAUCUGACACCAGAGCCACCACAGCAGAAGCUAAUGACAAACCGCACUCCCGGCACUCCACAGCAGCAACAGCAGAAGCGUCAGUUUGCAUUUAAUGGCUCCACCAAGGGGGUAAUGCAACGCUUCAUUGCCUCCCAUGGCAAGCUACAGUUGGGCAACGGUACCCCUAACGGGAUGUCGCCGGCAGCGUCUCCAUUACUUUUAGCAACGCCGAAUAGUCCCACUCUAAAGUUAAACUCUCGCAACGCACUGGCCUUUUUGGAAACGGGCAACACCUCGCCUCAAGCUAACAACAUCAACAACAAUAUUAGUAAUGGCACCUUGUCACAGGGUGCCAUCGAACGGGACUCGGAGGGUCGGCCGCUGAGACGUGGCUAUGUGCCCGUCGAGCAGAAGAUUCAGCGCGAACUGCAGGACCUCAAGUCACGUGAAUCGGAGCUGAAGCGUCUGCGCAAGCUCAACCGUCAGUAUAUGCUCGAAAAGUUGCAACUGAGCACGGACGAUGAGGCCGAUGCUGAUGACGAUGAUGACGAUUCCGAGGUGGAACACUGCUAUGGACCUGGUAAAUUGCGCAAUGCACAAUCCACACUUGAGCUGGAGCGGGAGAGCAAUGACAUGGAGCUGAUGGGUUACAAGGCGUCCGGUAAUCGCAGCUUGAAUGCUGCCGCUGUCCUGUCAAAUGGUAGUGGCAAUGCCCUGUCUACAACUGGUUCCAAUUCUGGCAUGCGUCCGGCAAUGUCGCUAGCACAGCUUUGUGAUCUGACGCCGGAGGAGGCGCCAUCGUCGCAUCGCCUCAUCGCGCAGUGGGAGAGCCUGAUCAAGAAGAAUGCGGAGGGUACUAUUGAGGCGGCCAUUUAAAGCCGGCGGCGACCAAAGCACACCAAAUUGUUAUUGUAAUGUCCCAAGCACUAAACAGAAAACUAAAACAAGCCCCAUCCCCCUACAGAAAAUGCCCCAAAUAGCACAUAAAUGUUUUUUUUUUGUAAAAUAUAUAGUAGUGGAUCUGGAAUGAUCCAUUCAUAUACAAUCAACGAAUUAUUGAAAAAAAGGCAUGUACUUAAAGACAAUUAUUUCUACAAUUUACGCAAAUGAGUAUGUAAAAAUUCUAGAAAUCUGUUGUACAUAAUUCUUCGUAUUUCAAGUGCAAGUAUUGGCUCCGCCUUGUCAAUAUAAUUUAUUUAAUAUAACCUUACGAACAUACACGUAUAUGUAUACACAAUACGGAUGUAUACAAAUAAUACUAUACAUACUUAUGUACUUACGAUAUGCGAUACCAAUAUGCGAAAAACGAUUUAAUAAAACAUUAAUGUAAACCUUUAA